GGCUCCAGGAUGGAAUAUGUGAAAUAUCCAGAACAGUGGCUUUAUCUAAGAAGGUAGAUGUGAAAAUAUCCUGUUUCCAGAUGGUUAUCCAUUCAGACCUGGACAUGCUGCCAGAUGUCAGACUUCAGAUGGACCCUAAAUUAACACUGACUUACCUGGACAUCUCCCAUGCCAGCCUGCUCAGCAAAACCUGGUCAUGGGGGGGCAACCCAAGGAGCCAGAAGUACCUUGCUAACCUCAUUUGCUGCUUCCCCAGUGUCUGUGUCUUGGAUGACAAUGAGUAUCCCCUCUCCUGGAGCCUGACAGACCAGUUUGCCACCAUGAUUCAUGGUUACACUCUCCCAGAGCAUCGGAGGAAGGGUUAUAGCAGGCUUGUGGCUACCACUUUAGCUAAGAAAUUACCUAGCUGUGGCUUUCCAGCACAGGCCAAAUCUCACUUAUAG